AUGGAAAAAACAGACAAAACCAAGACAGGAAAUGAAAUAGAAACCAGCCAAUCUAAAAAACGUGGCAGGUCCAUGGGAUCAAAAAACAAGAAAAAGAAAAAGCAUAGGGAUCCUACUUCUUCUGGAGAAGUCUUGUCAACAGAAAGUGAGAGUGAAAACAAUGAGGUCAUUGAUACCGGUAAUCAUGGUGAAGAAUGUGAUGGAAAUGAACUUAAGUCACAAAAUGUUGGAGGACACGCAGAGUUCGUCGUUGAGGCUACAAAGAAUGAUACACAGACCACCUUCUCCAGAAGAAGCUAA